AUGCGGAAGACCUCCUACGUUAUCGCAUUUUUCGCCGUCCUCGCCACGGUUAUUCUGAAUGGUUUCUCCAUCACCCGGCCAGACUGGCUCAUCGUGAACAACCCAGAGGUCCUCCACUCGAAAGUGACCGUCCAGUAUGGUCUCAACAAGCGGUGCGAUAGGCAAGUGAUCGUCAUCCCCGGUCUCCCUGAGGGCAGCCGCCUCGCCUACACCGACUACAAGUGCCGCCCCUUCCCGAACCGCGUCGUCGACAACUGCGAGAAGGAGAACAAGACGUUCUGCAUGGUAUGGAGCACUGCGCACUACUUCACCGAGCUGGGCAUUGGGUUCGGCGUCGUCGCGUGUCUCGCGAUCCUGGUUGGCGUGAGCACCCGCUCGCGGCGGCGGAGGAUUUGGAAGAUGGUUGCGUGGCUGGCGGCGUUCCAAGCCAUAUUCCAAGUGCUAGCGUUCGCUGUCGUGACCCAUCUCUACCGCCUUGCCAUGUACCCGUCUUUCGAGCGGGCUCGCCCCGGUACUGCCUAUGUCCUCAACACGCUCUCCUGGAUCUUCGGUACCCUGGCGACCGUCGGCAUCAUCACCACCGGUAUUUCCGCCAACAAGGGUCACCGCUGGGCUGCCGGCAAACGGGCAUACCGUCCCAUCGAGGGCUGA